GAUGCUGACCCACCCAGUGGGCUGAACUCGAACGUUCCUUCAGGGCCCCAGCGCCGGCGCCACCUCCGCGUCGCGCCCGAGGCUUGCCCGGGAGCCUGGGGCAAGCGUCCCCGCCGCCCGCCUCCCUUCUUCCUCUCCCGCUCUGCGGCUCUUCCAGGCCUCGAUCGGUGCUUCCCUCCCCCCGGCCCCGGGCCCGCAGUCGGUGCGCACAGGGCGGUUGGCCGGCCGUCUCGGACGCAGCAUGCAGGCGCGCUACUCGGUGUCCGACCCCAACGCCCUGGGAGUGGUGCCCUACUUGAGCGAGCAGAACUACUACCGAGCGGCGGGCAGCUACGGCGGCAUGGCCAGCCCCAUGGGCGUCUACUCCGGCCACCCGGAGCAGUACGGCGCGGGCAUGGGCCGCUCCUACGCGCCCUACCAUCACCACCAGCCCGCGGCGCCCAAGGACCUGGUGAAGCCGCCCUACAGCUACAUCGCGCUCAUCACCAUGGCGAUCCAGAACGCGCCCGAGAAGAAAAUCACCCUGAACGGCAUCUACCAGUUCAUCAUGGACCGCUUCCCCUUCUACCGGGAGAACAAGCAGGGCUGGCAGAACAGCAUCCGCCACAACCUCUCGCUCAACGAAUGCUUCGUCAAGGUGCCCCGCGACGACAAAAAACCCGGUAAGGGCAGCUACUGGACGCUGGACCCGGACUCGUACAACAUGUUCGAGAACGGCAGCUUCUUGCGACGUCGCCGGCGCUUCAAGAAGAAGGACGUGCCCAAGGAGAAGGAGGAACGGGCCCACCUCAAGGAGCCGCCCCCGGCCACGUCCAAGGGGCCCCCGGCUGGGCCCCCCCUAGCGGACGCCCCCAAGGAGACCGAGAAGAAAGUGGUGAUCAAGAGCGAGGCGGCGUCGCCCGCGCUGCCGGUCAUCACCAAGGUGGAGACGCUGAGCCCCGAGAGCGCGCUGCAGGGCAGCCCGCGCAGCGCGGCUUCCACGCCCGCCGGCUCCCCGGACGGCUCGCUGCCCGAGCACCACGCCGCCGCGGCGUCCAACGGGCUGCCGGGCUUCAGCGUGGAGAACAUCAUGACGCUGCGAACGUCUCCUCCGGGAGGCGAGCUGAGCCCCGUGGCCGGGCGCGCGGGCCUGGUGGUGCCGCCCCUGGCGCUGCCCUACGCGGCCGGGCCGCCCGCAGCCUACGGUCAGCCGUGCGCGCAGGGCCUGGAGACGGGCGGCUCGGGCGGCUACCAGUGCAGCAUGCGCGCCAUGAGCCUGUACACCGGCGCCGAGCGGCCCGCGCACAUGUGCGUCCCGCCCGCGCUCGACGAGGCCCUGUCGGACCAUCCGAGCGGCCCGGCGUCGCCGCUCAGCGCCCUCAACCUCGCCGCCGCCGCCGGUCAGGAGGGCGCCCUGGCCGCGGCGGGCCACCACCACCAACAUCACGGCCACCAUCACCCGCAGGCGCCGCCGCCCCCGCCGCAGGCUCCCCAGCCCCAGCCCGCUCCGCCGCAGCCCGGUGCCGCCGCCGCCGCGGCCGCCGCGGCCCAGGCCACCUCCUGGUAUCUGAACCACAGCGGGGACCUGAACCACCUCCCAGGUCACACGUUCGCGGCCCAGCAGCAGACUUUCCCCAACGUCCGGGAGAUGUUCAAUUCCCACCGGCUGGGCAUGGAAAACUCGACCCUCGGGGAGUCCCCGGUGAACAAUGCUAGCUGUCAGCUGCCCUACCGAGCCACGCCGUCCCUCUACCGCCACGCAGCCCCCUACUCCUACGACUGCACGAAAUACUGAUGCGCCCCCCAGCACUCUCUGGCCUCGGUUCUGUUCCCGCUUCACCUCCAAGACGCGACUCUCUCCGACAGUUAAGGCUGCAGAGACACGGACGCAAAAGCGACAAACCGUACUCACUUUCUCAGAUACCCCCCGGAGCCAGCCCUUGGGCCGCCGGUGAAAGCGUGCAGGUAACUUUAAUUCCGCAGCCCAGUUUGAGACCCCAGGAUGUCCCUCUAAGGGGAUGCGGCAAGAUGAAUAAGGAUUUUUAAAUUCCCCUUCCCCUGUUAGGUUGCUGUCUGUGCCUGGCCUGCUCCGCUCGCUCGGGCUUCAAAGAUUAAGUUAUGGACCAAAUCCCAUAGGGACCACCCCCUUCCCUAAUGACUUUCUGUAGAGACUCCCCACAGGUGUGUGUGGGUCUCUAUAGAUGAUGUAUGUGCUGUGUGUAAUUUUAAAUUUCUCUAACCGUGCUGUAAAAGUGUGUGGAUUUGUAAUCAGGCUAUGUUGUUUUUGUUCAGAGCCAUUAAUAUAAUAUUUAAAGUUGAGUUCACUGGAUAACUUUUCAUCUUGCCCAACCGUUUCUGCCAAAUUGAAUUCAAGGAACCUAUGUGGGGUUUUCCCGCUCGCUGUACAAUUAAUGAGCUAUAAUUCUUUUCCCAGUCGUAGGUCUUUUACAAAGCAAGAAAAUAAUUUAUUUUUGUCAGUGGAUAACAAAGUCAAGUAUCUGAUACUUUUGAUUUAGGAAGUGGGAUGGUUUUGUAUAGUAGACUCCAUCCUAAGUACUCCUCAAAGAAGAAGAAAAAAAAAAAGACUGAAGAUUUUAGCUUCGUUUGUGUUUGUCUCGAUUGUUGUAUUGACCUUAAAAUAAACCCAUGUUGUUUUUUCUGCCCAAA